GGCAGCGGCGCGGCGGGAGGGGGGGGGGCUGAGGAGAACCGCUUGUGACGGCGACGGUCUCGCCCCUCGGCGGGCUUCCUGGGGGUGCACCGGCGGACGAGAGGCACACGAUGCGGAGCGGGAGAUCGGAGCCGUCGGGAGGCAGCGGAGGUGCCGCCAUGGAGAGACGCGACGCCGGGAAGCAGGAAACGCCGGCGUCCAGGGAGGACAAGCGGAAAGAGAAGAAGCCGAAACAGGUCAAGAUUUUCGGGAAGAAAUCCCUGAAGUCCGUGGGGACUUUGAUGAACCGGAUCAUGAAAAGUCUGGCCACUUUCACCCACUUUGGAGACACGCAGGACGCGGAGGACGACGACGGGGGCUUUGGGAAGGGUGCACCUUGCACCCUCAGCGCCGGUUCGGGGGUCGUCAAAGAGGACGUGCAGACGCCUCGUCCGGCCGGGAACACCUCUCUGGGCCGGGAGAGACUACUUUACCGGUACGGGGACAAAACCCCGGGCGUCCUGGGCCUGAAGAACCACGGGAACACGUGUUUCAUGAACGCCGUGGUCCAGUGUCUGAGUAACACGGACCUGCUGGCCGAGUACCUGGGACUGGAGAGGUACAAGCUGGACCUGAGCGACACCCCGGGGACCGGGGGGAGCCGGCUCGCCAAGGGGGAGGUCACGGAGCGCUUGGCCUCGCUUGUUCGGGCUCUGUGGACUCUGGAGUACACCCCGCAGCUGUCUGUGGACUUUAAGACGAUUGUGUCUAAGUAUGGCUCCCAAUUCCGUGGCAAUUCCCAGCAUGACGCUCUGGAGUUCCUCCUUUGGCUGUUGGAUCGCGUCCACGAAGACCUCAAUCUGGCUUCACACAACAACAACAACACGAGCAAAGCUUGUGAAGAGGGUCCCAUUGGAGAUGAAAACCUGCUGGAUCCUGACCUGUCCCUGUCCCAGGCCCAGCAGCCCACAGUCCAGCAUAGCUUUGUCCAGGAACAUUUUCAGGCCCAGUACAAAUCGUCACUGACGUGUCCUCAUUGUCUGAAACAAAGCAACACCUUUGACCCUUUCCUGUGCAUCUCGCUCCCCAUUCCUCUUCGGCAGACCAGGCCCGUGUGUGUGACGCUGGUGUUCGGCAGCAAGGGACAAAGGUACCUGAGAGUGGGGCUGGCCGUGCCGCUCUUCGCUUCCGUGGCCUGCUUGAGAAGGAUGGUGGCCGAUGAGGGCAACAUCUCCCCGGACCAGGUGAUCCUGACGGAGGUCUACUCCACUGGCUUCCAGCGCUCCUUCUUUGAUGAAGACCAUCUCACCAGCGUCGCUGAAAAUGAUGUCAUCUAUGCCUUCCAGGCCCCGCCCCUCUACAUCAGAGGCGGCUCCGCCCGCACUUCAGGCUACCAUCACAGUCUCCCGUCGUCUCCGUUUGCCACCGGUCCUCAGGGUCAAAGGUUACCGGCAUCCGGGGCUUUGUCCUCGGAAUUCCUCAACCAGGGCGAGCCCACGAAGAUCCUGCUGUUGGUGUGCAACGCGGCAGGAGCAGGCCAGCAGACCGUGAGGUUCGGCCCCCCAUUCUUAAUGAGGGAGGAUCGGUCUAUUUCCUGGGACCAGCUGCAGCAGAGCAUCCUCAGCAAGCUGUACUACCUGAUGAUCAAUGGGGCGCCGCCACAGAAUAACCGAGUGCUCUUCAACAUUCGCGUAGUGGGAGGAUCAUCAUUUUACAGCUACUUGUCACCUCAGGACACCCGGCCCCUCUACCACCCUGCCGUUGACAGAGCGCUAAGACUCUGCAGCCCAGGAGGACCCCCACACGUGAAGCUGAUCAUCGAGUGGGAGUACAGGAUCAAAGACUGCCUGUUUGGAAACAUCCAGGAGGAAGUGGUGAGGGAUGCGGAGAGCGUUCGGAACCAGCAGCAGCAGCACGUGCAGCAGUACAGCUGCACCUUGGAUGAGUGCUUCCAGCUCUACACCAAGGAGGAGCAGCUGGCCCCCGAUGACGCCUGGAAGUGUCCCCACUGCAAGCAGCUGCAGCAGGGCAUGGUGAAGAUGAGCCUGUGGACGCUCCCGGACAUCCUCAUCCUGCACCUCAAGCGCUUCAGGCAGGUGGGCGAGCGGAGGAACAAGCUGACCACGUUGGUCCGUUUCCCCCUGGCGGGCCUGGACAUGACCCCCCACAUGGUGAAGAAACGCAACCACGCCGCCCAGGACCCCGGCUGGAAGCAGUCCAGACAGCUCCACCUGGCUCCUCCUGACUUCCUGUACGACCUGUACGCCGUGUGCAACCACCACGGCGGAAUGCAUGGCGGCCAUUAUACAGCCUUCUGUAGGAACUCGGUGGACGGCCGCUGGUACGGCUACGAUGACAGCAACGCCGAUCCGCUUCCCGAGGGCGACGUGUGCACACGCGGCGCCUACAUCCUCUUUUAUCAGAGAAGAAAGACCAUCCCUCCUUGGUCGGCCAGUUCCUCCGUCACCGGCUCCACCAGCUCCUCCGCGUCCGAUCAUUGGCUGGUGCGGCUGACCGGAUGGAGUGACAGGGGGGCCCCGGCGCCAGCAGCAUCCGGCUCGGGGCCCCCGGUGCCCGUGCGGCCCCCGGAAUCUCCAGAGCUCCCGGUGUUUGGAGAAGAAGCCUCCAGGACAGCAGGCACAAAUGGAUUUGAAUCCAAGCCCUUUGUCCGAGGAACCCAGGGAAGAAGUCUGAGCCUGAGAUCGCCGACCAAGCCCAAGGAGACGCUGAGCAAAGUCCUGCCCCUGCGAUGGUCCUUCGGCGCCAAGGACCGGCUGAAGCGUUCAGCGGAGACCCAGUCCGAGGAGCUGGUGGAGUAUCUGGAGUCCGGGCGCCGCCCACGAUGUACCAAAGAUCCCAUCAUAAAGCUGGUGGCCACCCCGCCGCAGAGGCACGGCCCUGGAAGAGAAGCUCGGCGGGAGUGCAGCUCGCCGAGCGGAAGCAGCUUGAGCUGGACCGAAACCUGCUACUCCCCCAAAAUCCCUGAGGGGCAAAGCAGGCCCGGUGCGGAGAGACACCCCAACCAGGGACCCGACGGCCGGGAUGACGGCUCUCUGAGGUCCAGGUCGUCUCACAGGAAAGCAAGGCCGGACCAAGGCAGGACGGUGGACCCCCAACUUCAGAGAGUGGCCGUUUUAGGGGGUCCGGUCAGCCACAGCGCGCCCCCAAGCAGAGACUCCACGUUGAAGAAGGACAAGGUGCAUUUGGGGGGCAGCGCCAAAGUCCAAAGGGAAGCCUUGUUCCUCCAAGCUGUGGGACAAAGAGGACAUGAAGGUCAGAGCCAAGACAGCCUCCUGGCCUUUUUCAGACCCGCCUUCAUUCGGAAGGACGUACCAAGGUCGCCGCUGAGGGAUCCAGACAGGCGUGUCAACGGGUACGCCCAUCUCGGAAAGCUGGCGAGCGCCGACUUGAGCCGGCUGUCGCUCUCUAACGGAACCCUGAGCGCCCCGACCAAAGACGACGGCAAGGUCAAAGCGCUCCCGUGCUGCGAGGGGCGCGUCUGCAAGGCGGCGCCGAUGAACGGACAGGCCGCUCGCCUGGACCGCGGCGACAUCAAGCGCGCUCACAGCUCCAGCAGCGUCCGGACGAUGAUGGACGUGACGUUUCGCGGGUGCGCCUCGCUGCAGAGGAACGGCGACGUGGCGGUCCCGCCCGUCCCCCGCAUCCUGCUCUCUGAUAGGCCCGGCUUUGCCACCCUGCAGAGGACGCGAUUCAGUACCACCUCCCUGGGGAGGCACAGACCCGGCCAAGAGCCCUGCUGUUAAAUGCUUCCUAUUGGCUUCACGUCAUGCGGACGCUGGGGCCACGCCCUUGGCAAGGUUUACGCUCCAGGACCGGCCACCGAUUGGCAACUAUGGUGUGUUCAAGUACCGAUGAACUGAUGUGCUUACCAAUGAUUGCUGACUAAGGGUGGAUGAGGGAUGCUUACUGCAGAGAUUAAGAUUAAGAUUAAGAUUACCAUCCCUUUUAGUGUUUUUACACAAAAUUAGACACAGUAAAACACAUCAUUUAUCAUUUAUGAGGAUUACACUAAAACACUAACAGAUUUACACUCACCUCUCAUUUAGGAAAUGAUGGAAUCAGGAACCUUAUAUCUGGGGUCUGGAGCCAAUGACCCGCCAUGAAGGAGGCCGGGUGUCCUGGGGGGGUGGGAGGGUGGAAUAUGCCUUGUGUUGUUGUUCAUGUUCAUCCAUGGCAGCACCUCACGGAGAGACUAAUAGCUGUAUUUUCCAUCAGUGCCUGUGUGACCUCCACAAUGACCUUCGAGCCCUCAACCGACACGGCCAAGAUGAAACAUCACUCAGACGUUCUUCUCUCCUGCGUUUCUACCGUAGCGCUCGUUUGUUAGUCGUCUUCCGUGUGUCUUAAAGCCAAUCUAUGCAGAGUCCUUACCCACGUCAUGGUGGGCCGACCCGGGCCGCCGCCCUUCAUGGGAUUCGCUUUCAAAGGUGACAAAGGUGAGGCUCGGCCACGCCCAGAACAUAAUAAUACACGGCACCGAGAAACGAAAGCACGGAAAGACUGACUGGAAGUCAGCCAUUAUUGUCAUGGCUUGACUUUUGACUUUCUUAUAGUGUUGACCUUUACUGAAGGACGAGUGGCACGGCACCAAAUGGUUGCUAUGACGACCACAUACUAGGGAAUCCCUGACUCGUGUGGUAUUGGGUACUAUUUGGUGAAAUCCUACCAAGAAAGGCGGCGUAGGAAAUCCGAGGUCCCACAGUGUCUCGUAUGUCAACCCCACGUUGAGGUUGUGUGGCGUUGGGCCGACUUGGUUCCCCUAGUUAAGACUUUAUUAGGUGAUUAUGUGGAGAUUCUAUUUUAUUACUAACUUUUGUAAGGCUACGUUUUGUAUGUGAUGUGUCGUCAUCUGGACGACACGAGGAAGCGUUCCAUGGUGUUGUCACAUCCAUCCCCGUAUCCCACUUUCUAUGGUGUCCACUUCCUGUACCGACAUUUUCUGGGUUGCACAUUAAACACUGUUUUUAUCACGAAUGAGUUGAUUGUUGUACAAUGGUUUCUCAAAGCGCAUAUAGAAUAUUUGACACCAUUUUAGCCUUUUUCACUUCCUUCCAUAUGUCAUGUAUUUAUUGCAUAUAUUGAAAACAAAGUUCACCUAUAUCCAUCCAUUCAUGCACUACA